UAUAUUUCACAUUCUUCGAGUAAAUCUCUUCAUUAGUUUAAUUCUUCGUCAGCGGGCGCAGUGGUUCGUUAUUUCAGCUUGCGCUUGACGGCAGUCGAAGUUGUCUGACCGUACCUUUAGCUGGUGUGACCGAUAGGUCCGUAACUCUAGGGCCGGCAGCAGCAGCAGCAGCGGACCAUAUGUCCUCAUCUUGGACGAUUCGGUUCCGGAUUCGUUAAAGCAAGAAGUACAGGCUUGAAAUGGAUUUUGGAAAACUACUGAGCGUUGCCAAGCGCAACACAUGCGAUGGUGGUCAGAAUGGCGAGGGACGGUACUAUUCUACCAAGUUCGCCCCGCCAAAGAAGGAGAACAAAGAAAAGAAGCUGUCGGAGAAUAUAAAAAAAUUUCUAGCUAAAAAGGAAGCGGAGGAACGCGCAAAAGCACUCGAAACUCGACGUAAGGCGGAUGAAAUGAUGGCCAAGCGGGACGUGAAGGCGCAGCGCAAGAUCGAAAAGAUGCUGAAGGUGAUCAAAUCGGCCAACAAGUCUGUCCUGGACGAUGCAACGGACGCGCAAUCCACUGCGAUAACGCAGGCCGGGCCAGAGCAACCGGACGAGGACGACUAUGGGUACACCUCGAACGUGGCCUCGCAGUUCUACCAGCAGCUGAUGGAUAAGUAUAAGAGCAAUCCGGAGGAGCAGAAGUUCAAGGAGGCCGAGCGACGCACCAUGUCGAAAGAGGACCUGGCACGUACGAAGGCACGCGUGAAGGAUGCGAUAGUGCGGCAGACGGAGGAAGAGCACGGGCCGCGUAGCCGAAAGUCGCGAAUUGGUGGGACGGCCGGCGACGAGCGUGACGCCGGUGGAAGGUGCGCACGCGGUCCCGAUCCAUACGAUCCUGUCGAGGAACAGAAACGCCGCGAGGCGGAAGCUGCCCGUGUCAAGGCGGAAGAAAAGAAAAAGGCUCCGAUACGCAAGAGCAGUGGAGUACCGCCACCGCCCGAUUUUGCCACACUCCUGAAACUGGCUGAACAGAAGCAGAAGGAACCGAUCCGGAUGGAGUCGGAUCCGGUGCCAGAGAAGCGUCGUUCGGAACCCGAACGACUGAUGACGAAGCGCGAGAAAAAGGAACACGACGAACGGAUGGCGUUUUUCGAAAUGAAGCGGCUGCGCGACCGUAUCCGGGAUGAUCCGAAGCUGUCGGAGAAGGAGAAGCAGCAGCGGCUUGCUAAGCUCGAAGCGAUGCGGGCGGCUGGCAAGCUACCGGGCAUUCCUCCUGCCAGCGGUGUUGAAUCUGCUUCCGCUCGUGUCACUGCAUCCCCCGCCGCUAAAUCAGCGACUUCGACGUCAAAUGGUGUAGUGCCCACUCCGAAGCCAUCGCCAUCGUCAGUCAGUUCCGCCGUUCCACGAUCUGGGGCUAUCCUUGGAAAACAGACUGACCAACAGCAGACUUUGGGAAAGAUUAAAAAACGAACCGAACCGGGCACGGAUCCAAGCUUGGCCAAAAAAAGUACCAGCAGUGUAGCCCGUCCACCGGCAUCCGCAGGAGGAACCAGCAACACACCGUUAUCAUCAUCACAAAGUUCAAAGCCAAGGCAGCAGUCGGGUGCUCCUGCUAAAGUGUUAGCUGGGAACGCCGGCAUGAAUGAACGACACCCGGUUGCGUCAUCGUCAACGACAGUGGCCACGAGUAAGAGUACGCCAAAACCUAGUGCUUCCUCGUCCAAUGGACAUAUUCAGCGCAGCAAACUACAUCAAACAUCAUCUACAAGUGCCUCAUCCAAAGUGACCUCCUCCUCCGUCUCGAGCACAAUAACGGCCAGUGGCGCAAAGGCAAGCACUCUUCCCAAACAGUCAGCCAAUGCCCGAUCCUCCUCCUCGUCGACUGGGGCUAUAGGAAGUGCAGUGAAACGCGAGGAUCCGGUGAAAACCACAGCAAACCGAUCGGCUGUUUCCAGCGGAAGCACCAGGCGACCACCAACGGAACCGGUCACCCAGACGCGGCAAUUCCCACCACCAGAUGUGCAACGGUCGCUGAAGCGGCCGGCGAUGCGACCAAACGGCGCCGGUACCGGGCAAUCGCGCCCAUCGGGCCACUCAUCGUCCUCCUCCGUCGGCAAGAAGCGGCGCGUCAUCGAUAGUGACAGCGAGUACGAUAGCGAAAUGGACGACUUCAUUGAUGAUGGCGACUGCGAGGAGGAUUACUCGUCCGCGAUCAAGGAGAUCUUCGGCUACGACAAGUCGCGGUAUCGGGAUGAAUACUACGACGACGACGACUACAACAUGGAGUCCUCGUACGCACAGCAGAUGCGCGAGGAGUACAUUAGCAAGAGAAUAGGUAUUAUGGAAGACCUGGAGGACAUGCGCAUGGAGGAGGAAGAGAAACGCCGAAAGCUGGGCAAGAAGGGCCCAGCAACGGGGGCCAAAAAGAAAUAAGACCUAGCUACUGCUGGGGGUGUUGCGUGGUAGGAUUUGUGCUGCUUAACUCGAAAACCCACCCGCGUCCUCCUUGGCCAAUCUCUUCAUAAUUUAUUGUUGUAUUUUUGUAAGCUUUCGAAACGCAAUUUUUUACAAAGACUAGUUGAACAGUGAACUCCGAUAAAGUACAGUGAAUUCCAUGCCUUAGUAGAACAAAAAUAUCGAUUUCCUCGUUAUGUUUCUA